ACAGGGUAGCUCAUGAUCUCGUCUCUUCAUCGCGUUGCACGCUGGGAUCCUUUAGUCACUGUUUCUCUGUCAUGGCGGCCCGUGUCCUGCAGCACUGUGUCCGCACGCUGAGGCUCUCCUCCGGCCCCCUGGCCCUCAGAGCCGCGGUGGUCCCGGCAGCUCCUCUCCACAGAGCCCUCUCCUUCUACUCGGCCGACCGGAGGACGCGGUGUGUGAACCGGUUCCCCUCAUUGGACGUGUUGUGCCGACAGUAUGCUCAUCUGCCCCCCCUCACCCUAGAAAGCAUCGAAGAACGCGUCCUGUACGUCCUGAAGCUCUACGACAAGAUCAACCCCGAGAAGCUGCAGGCCACCUCCCACUUCAUGAAAGACCUGGGGCUGGACAGUUUGGACCAGGUGGAGAUCAUCAUGGCCAUGGAGGACGAGUUCGGCUUUGAGAUCCCUGACGGAGAAGCAGAGAAGCUGAUGACUCCUGACGAGAUUGUACAGUACAUCGCAGACAAGAAGGACAUUUACGAAUAAUCUGCUCUCUAGUUCACUGCAGAGGUUGACCCUAGCAAGACCCCCCCCCCCCCACCCCAGGAAGUCCACUUCCCACUUCCUCUCGCUCUUCUGUCCGUUGCGGCAGCGUCAACGUCAGCUGCCGUGUCUUGUGUUUGACUGUAUUUAAAUAAACAUGUACUUUCGGAGCUUGGAGAUAAACAAAAUGGUUAUAUCAGUUUUGAUUUUUUUUCUUCCUCUUCCAGCUCCAUAAUGUGGUGUAUCAUUUCUCUUGAAUAAAUACACCUGAUGUAUAGAUCUG